CCUUAGGAUGCACUUAUGCUUCUAUUUCUUUUUCUUUACAGGGUAAAGAAAUUGAAAGAGACCCUUGUAGCAGUGCAGCAGCUGGAUAAAAACAUGAGUAGCCUGAGGUCUUGGCUUGCCCACAUUGAAUCAGAGCUGUCCAAACCUAUCGUCUAUGAAACCUGCGACUCUGAGGAGAUACAAAGGAAGCUAAAUGAACAGCAGGAACUUCAGAGGGACAUAGAGAAACACAGCACUGGAGUGGCAUCUGUUCUCAAUCUGUGUGAAGUACUUCUUCAUGACUGUGAUGCUUGUGCCACAGAAGCAGAGUGUGACUCUAUCCAGCAGGCUACACGCAAUCUGGACAGAAGAUGGAGGAACAUUUGUGCAAUGUCAAUGGAAAGGCGACUUAAAAUUGAAGAGACCUGGAGGCUAUGGCAAAAAUUUUUGGAUGACUACUCUAGAUUUGAAGACUGGCUGAAAGUCUCUGAGAGGACAGCUGCUUUCCCAAGCUCCUCUGGUGUGCUUUACACUGUUGCUAAGGAAGAACUGAAGAAAUUUGAGGCCUUCCAGAGGCAAGUGCAUGAAAGUCUGACUCAGCUGGAGCUGAUCAACAAACAGUAUCGACGCCUGGCCCGAGAGAACCGCACUGACUCUGACUGCAGCCUCAAACAGAUGGUUCAUGAGGGGAACCAGAGAUGGGACAAUUUGCAAAAGCGAGUUACCUCCAUCCUGCGCAGGCUAAAACAUUUUAUCAGCCAGCGUGAAGAGUUUGAAACAGCGCGCGAUAGCAUCCUGGUAUGGCUAACAGAGAUGGACCUGCAGCUGACCAACAUUGAGCAUUUCUCAGAGUGUGAUGUCCAAGCAAAGAUAAAGCAACUUAAGGCUUUCCAGCAAGAAAUUUCACUGAACAACAACAAAAUUGAGCAGAUAAUUGUGCAAGGUGAGCAACUCAUUGAGAAAAGUGAGCCUCUGGAUGCAGCAGUCAUUGAAGAAGAACUAGAUGAACUGCGUCGUUACUGUCAAGAGGUCUUUGGACGUGUGGAACGCUAUCAUAAGAAACUUAUCCGCCUUCCGCUAACAGAUGACGAACAUGACCUCUCUGACAGAGAGGUAGAUCUGGAUGAAUCAGCAGAUCUCUCUGACAUACGCUGGCAUGACAAAUCUGCGGACAGCGUUCUCUCCCCGCACCCCUCUUCCAAUCUUUCGCUGCCUCUUUCUCAGCCGGUGAGAAGUGAGCGAUCAGGGAGAGAUACCCCUGCGAGUGUGGACUCCAUUCCCCUGGAGUGGGAUCAUGACUACGACCUUAGCAGAGACCUGGAGACAGCCGUUUCACGGGCAUUGCACUCUGAAGAAGAUGGAGGACAAGAAAAGGACUUCUACCUGAGAGGAGCAGCUGGUAUAGCAGAUGUAGAGAUCCCUGAAACUCUUGAGGCCUAUGUAACACUCACAGAAAACGCCCUCAGAAAUAUCUCUGGAGAACCUGGAGCCCUGGAAGCACGUAUCCGACAGCUGGACAAGGCCUUAGACACCAGUCGUUUCCAAAUACAGCAAACAGAAAACAUCAUCCGCAGCAAAACACCUACAGGACCAGAACUCGAUUCCACUUACAGAGGAUAUAUGAAAUUACUAGGUGAGUGCAGUGGAAGCAUAGACUCAGUAAGAAGGCUUGGAAAUAAACUGAAGGAGGAAGAAGAAAAAUUAUCAGGACUUAUUAACAUGAACAGUACUGAAACACAAACAGCUGGUGUAAUUGAAAGAUGGGAAUUAAUCCAGGCUCAAGCUCUAAGCAAGGAGCUGAGAAUGAAGCAGAACCUUCAGCAAUGGCAACAGUUCAACUCUGACCUUAAUAGCAUCUGGACUUGGUUGGGAGAAACUGAAGAGGAACUGGAGAAGCUUCGCCGCCUUGAUCUCAGUACUGACAUACAGACUAUUGAACUCAGAAUUAAAAAACUGAAAGAGCUGCAGAAAGCAAUUGAUAACCGCAAAGCAAUCGUCUUAUCCAUCAAUCUGUGCAGCUCAGAGUUCACUCAGUCUGACAGUGAAGAGAGCAAGAAGCUUCAAGAACGCCUGUCUCAGAUGAACAUGCGCUGGGAGCACGUAUGCAGUAUGAUUGAAGAGUGGCGCAACUCAUUGCAGGCUGCAUUAAUGCAGUGCCAGGAUUUCCAUGAACUGAGCCAUGGUUUGCUGCUUUGGUUGGAGAAUAUUGACAGAAGAAAAAAUGAGAUUGUGCCCAUCGAUCCAAACCUGGACUCAGAAAUGCUGCAGGAUCAUCAUAGACUCUUGAUGCAAAUCAGACGUGAACUCCUGGAGUCUCAGUUGAAGGUGGCAUCACUACAAGAUAUGUCUUGCCAAUUGCUAGUCAAUGCUGAAGGCAAGGAUUGUCUUGAAGCCAAAGAAAAGGUACACGUCAUUGGAAAUAGACUGAAGCUCCUCCUGAAAGAGGUCACACGUCAUAUUAAAGACCUAGAGAAAAUUCUAGACAUUUCAAGUAGUCAACUGGAAUUGUCCUCAUGGUCCUCCGAUGAAUUAGACACAUCAGGCUCAGUGAGUCCUGUAUCUGGAAGAAGCACUCCAAGCAGACAGAGAACGCCACGGGGCAAAUGUAGUCUCUCACAGCCUGGACCCUCUGUCAGCAGUCCACAUAGCAGGUCCACAAGAGGUGGCUCAGGUUCCUCCCCUUCUGAGGCUGGGCCAGCAUGGUGGCGCCCAUCCUUCUUCCUCAGAGUCCUCAGAGCUGCUCUGCCACUUCAGCUCCUCUUGCUGCUCCUGAUCGGGCUGGCUUGCCUGGUGCCAAUGACCGAGGAGGACUACAGCUGUGCUAUGGCAAACAACUUUGCCCGCUCUUUCCAUCCCAUGCUAAAAUACAUGAAUGGUCCUCCUCCAUUAUGAAGGAGACCUGUGAGACAGCAGGAGACUUGCUGGAGUACUAGCUGGGAGGCAAGGUGGUUUUAAAGUGUGACAAGAUUCAGUGUGGCAGCUUUACCUGUCUGCUGUAGCAACCACUGUGCCCAUAUCUUUCUCUGCUGGCACUCAGCUAAUAACGCAUCAGUGUAUCAGUAUCAAACUGCACAAUGUAUUACCUGAGUAGCAUCAUUUCAAUACUCACAUCCUGGGUACCAAAAAGGAUGUGAUCUGUGUGAGGGAAAUGUCCUUCUGUGCAGAAUUUGGGAUCUUUUAGCCACUUUAUAUCCAGGUCAUUGCCCUGUACUAUGCAUAGCCAAGGACUUGAUACUGUAGAUCCUUUCCCGUGUGCUGCCCAUUAGCCAGUCUUUGUUAAAUACCCUUUCAGUAUCUACAGUAUUCAAAAUAACCAAUGCUAAAGAGAUUUUAGAGCAUUUGUAACAUACAGUUUUAAAGAAUCUUGUAUGGCAAUGUAUUAUUCCCUGUUUCUGUUUCAGGCAUGGUGUUCUAACUUUUGCUUUGGAUGCACAAGGUGUAAAUCUGAGAAGCACUUUUUUAAGGUUUAAAAAAAUGGAUGUAAUAAAUAAGAUCGUAAAAGUUUUUAUGAGGAAAAAUGUUGAAUGUCAAGUUGAAAAACAAAGAACAUAUUUAUGUAUGUACAGUUUGCUAAGCCAAGUUUUGUUUGUAUUGAUUUCUUUGCAUUUAUUAUAGAUACCAUAAAAUAUUUUGUCUACGUGCUUUUUAAUGACAACUGUGGAAACCUCUAAGUUUAGAAUGAGAUAUGUAUGAUAUAAAAAAAAAAAUAGAAGACACACAUAUGCUGCACUUCUAAAGAGAAUUAAAAAAUGCUGUAACAAAUUAUUGGUAUUAGGUAUAUGUUUGAAUGAGAAAAUCUGGAAAACUUGACAAAUGAUAGAAUAUGUGUGAGAGUAUGAAAUUAGAAAUUCUGCUAAUAUUGAAAGCUGGCCAUGUUUUGAAUUAGUGAUUCCUCACUUCAGGUUUUUAUUUUUUUCAA